AUGAGAUGCAAAUUUCGGACAAUCUUGAUAAGCGAUAAGUUGUUAGUAUAUAAUAACACAGUAUUAGUGGGAAUCAUUAUAGUUAAUCACACAGUGGCAAGAUAUACAGAUAUGAAGUUCCUAAUAAUUGCUGCUCUUGUUGCCGUUGCGGCUGCACGCCCAUCAGCCGACGGUCUCCUGACUCCUGAAUCUGCAGGACCCGUUGUUAUUGAAGAAGUUAACAAGGAUCCCGCCCUAGUAGACGAAACCGAGAACAUUAACACCAACCCAGCUCUAGUUGACGAAACCGAGAACAUCAACACCAACCCAGCUCUAGUUGACGAAACCGAGAACAUCAACACAGACCCCGCCCUAGUUGAUGAAACCGAGAACAUCAACACUGACCCAGCUCUAGUUGACGAGACCGAAAACAUCAACACAGACCCCGCCCUAGUUGAUGAAACCGAGAACAUCAACACUGACCCAGCUCUAGUUGACGAGACCGAGAACAUCAACACAGACCCCGCCCUAGUUGAUGAAACCGAGAACAUCAACACUGACCCAGCUCUAGUUGACGAGACCGAGAACAUCAACACCGACCCCGCCCUAGUUGAUGAAACCGAGAACAUCAACACCGACCCCGCCCUAGUUGAUGAAACCGAGAACAUCAACACCGACCCCGCUCUAGUUGAUGAAACUGAGAACAUCAACACCGACCCCGCCCUAGUUGAUGAAACCGAAAACAUCAACAUUGACCCCGCCAUCGUCCCAGAAGAGAUUGACACCAACCCCGCCAUCGUCCCAGAAGAAAUUGACAGCGACCCUGCCAUCGUCCCAGAAGAGAUUGACACCAACCCCGCCCUCGUACCAGAAAACAUUGACACUAACCCAGCCGUCGUCCCUCCAGCCGCCGCUGGUUCCCCUCUCGUUCAAGUUAUUGUGAACAUCAAGUCAUCCAAGCCAGCCAGCAAACCCCAACCCAUUGAGAACAACCCCGCCAUUGUACCAGAGGAGAACCCAGCUUCAGUGCCAGAGGACAUUGACAUUACCCCAGCUUUAGUGCCAGAAGAAAUCAACGUCAACAAGCCCGACAUCAAGCCCGAGAUCAAACCUCAACCCGCUGACAUCAGCAAGCCCACCCUCCCCAGCGAUCCAGCUUCGGACCUCUCUGAUGACCUUAACUAA